GUGUUGUAUAUGUUUGCUAACGCUGAGAUUUGGCAUCAAACAGCACAACAGAACGAAAAUGACCCACUGGUUUCACCGCAACCCUUUGAAGGCUACAGCUCCCGUUUCAUUUAAUUUUUACGGGGUAGCUACCACUCCAGCUGCAGCAAAGGUUUGCAAUGAUUUGAGGUUAUCUCGAUCCCGACUGUUGGAGCUGUUCACAGACUCGAGUUGUAAUCCAGAGAUGAUGAAGAAUGCAACUGACCUGUACUUCUCACUCUUGCAAGGUUUUAUCCUUUCACUGGAUGACUCUUCCCAAGAAUGCAAGUUGAGAUAUAUUCAGAACUUCAAGUGGACAGACACAUUGCAAGGACAAGUUCCAAGUGCCCAGCAGGAUGCAGUGUUUGAACUGGUUUCCAUGGGGUUUAAUGUGGCUCUGUGGUACACAAAGUAUGCAUCAAGACUCGCUGGAAAAGAAGAUAUAACAGAAGAUGAAGCAAAAGAUGUUCACAGGAGCCUGAAGAUAGCAGCUGGGGUCUUUAAACACUUGAAGGAAAGUCACAUUCCAAAACUGAUUACACCUGUAGAAAAGGGAAGAGAUUUGGAAGCUCGACUUAUAGACUCUUACAUCAUCCAGUGCCAAGCUGAAGCUCAAGAAGUGACGAUUGCUCGGGCUAUUGAGCUGAAACACAAUCCAGGACUAAUAGCUGCGCUUGCUUAUGAAACAGCUAACUUCUACCAAAAAGCUGACCAAACAUUAUCCAGUUUGGAUGCUACCUAUGCAGGAAAAUGGAGGAAGUACUUAAACUUGAAGAACUGUUUCUAUAUGGCCUAUGCAUAUUGUUACCAUGGUCAGACUUUAUUGGCGAGUGAUAAAUGUGGGGAAGCAAUCAGAUCUCUGCAGGAAUCAGAAAAAUUUUUUGCCAAGGCUGAAGCAUUGUGCAAAGAAUAUGGAGAAACCAAAGGGCCUGGGACUACUGCCAAACCUUCUGGACAUCUCUUCUUCAGGAAGUUGGGAAGUUUGAUUAAGAACACACUAGAAAAAUGCCAGAGAGAGAAUGGGUUCAUCUAUUUUCAGAAGGUGCCAGCAGAGGCUCCCCAGCUGGAACUGAAAGCAAACUAUGGCUUGGUAGAGCCUGUUCCUUUUGAAUUCCCUGACUUGAACGCACACUGGACUCCUGAAACACUCGCAGCAUUUGAUCUCACCAAGAGGCCAAAGGAUGACACUGCUAAACCAAAACCAGAUGAAGAAGUAAAACCUCUGAAGGAACCAGAUAUAAAGCCUCAAAAAGACAGUGGAUGCCAGAUUUCUUAAGUGCCAUUAAGUGCUAUGAAUUCACUUUGAAACUGUAUUAAUGGGACUCUGGGGCUUUGGUUCUGAUCUCCCUUUUUCCGAGCCUUCUUUUUUAAUUUAGAAGACUAAUUUAAUUUACUUUUGUUAGUGUGCAUCUAUCUUGCUUGAAAAUGUGGUGGAUUUCUAGGAGUUUAUUUAUAUCUGACAUAUUUUGGGGUUUAGUGGGAUAUCAUAGAAUGAAUGGGCUUAAAUGUUCCUAUUGUGCCUCUAGAGUUUCUUUUUGUGGGUUUAGUUACUACCCACAAAUAGCAAAGGCAGUAUCAUGAUUGUAACACUUGAGGAUGUUUCCAUUAAAUUAUAUGCUAUAUAAUGUUAAAUUGUGCAAACAAAAGUUUGCAUGAACAGCCCUAUUUGUCCAGGUUUUGCCAUUCAGGUUCCUCACCCUGUUGUGUUCAGAUUCACUUAAUUGCAGUGAGGGAAGCAAAUCUGGGUUUGGUUUGUAACACCCCUAUGGCAUUUCACAGGACUUAGAAAGCCUUAAGUUCUGUGUAACUGGAGCACAGUUUAUAUUCUUCUG